CCGGAGAGCCGAGCUGCCUGCCGCCAGAGUAUCUGUAUCUGUGGCGCGUCAUUGUUGUGCUGCUACUGCCACUGCUUCCACCUCUGCCGCUAUCGCUGUGUAGUCAUAUAGCCGUAUAGCCGUAUAGCCGUAUUGCCGUAUAGCCGCAUAGCCAUAUAGCUGUUUAGCUAUAGCUUCCAUAGCUUCUGUGCCGUUACCGUUAACGCUGCCGUCGCCUGCCUAGUGGGCAGCUCAGUUACAAGACCAUUAUUUGACGUAUUUUUUGCGCGCUCGGUUGGUCGUUUGGUUGGCUGCUCGCUCUCUCGGUUACCGAAUCGGUUGUACUUCUACUUUGGCUCGUACUUGUGCUAGUAUACUGAUAUACUACUGUACUGGUGUAUGGUGUAGUAUCCACUGCCUGAGGAGCCCCCUAGCUGUGGAGCAGCGGCAGUUGCGCUCCGUUCGUGGACCGGGCACGGGUAUCGCAUUCAUGAGCUGGCUCAUUGGCAGUCAUUUGGAUUCGCACGCCAGUCGGACCGGUGGCCACCUCUCACGUCCACAAGCCAGCGAUCGCGCGCGCGUUCUUGAAAAGUGCGCUAACCGACCGAUACAUUAAAGCCGCAUCAAAUCGGAGCGAAUCGGAGCAAAUCGAAUCGAAGCGGAUCGGGAAACCCAGUGACAGUGCUCGCAAAAGGAAGAAACAGAAUUUCGUGAUUAGUGACUUAGUGUUGUGAACAGCAAGAUUGCUUCGUUCCGGUGCAGAGUAGUAUGCCAAUUUGUUCACAGUGGAUUCAACGAAUAAAAUGGCCGUUGGACCGACGGAGGGCAAACAGCCGCCCUCAGGGAGCUUCUCGCCCACGCACCACCAGAUUAUAGCCCCCAGCCCCAUCCUGGCCGUGCCGACGCUGGCCUUCUCCGCCGCCCAGGUGGAGAUCGUCUGCAAGACGCUCGAGGACUCCGGCGACAUCGAGCGCCUCGCCCGCUUCCUCUGGAGCCUUCCGGUGGCCCUGCCCAACAUGCACGAGAUCCUCAACUGCGAGGCGGUCCUCCGUGCCCGGGCCGUGGUCGCCUACCAUGUGGGCAACUUCAGGGAACUUUAUGCAAUAAUAGAGAAUCAUAAGUUUACUAAGGCGUCCUACGGCAAGCUGCAGGCCAUGUGGCUGGAGGCCCACUACAUUGAGGCCGAGAAGCUCCGCGGUCGAUCACUAGGCCCCGUAGACAAGUAUCGGGUGCGAAAGAAGUUCCCCCUGCCGCCGACGAUCUGGGACGGGGAGCAGAAGACGCACUGCUUCAAGGAGCGCACGCGGAGCCUACUGCGCGAAUGGUACCUACAGGAUCCCUAUCCGAACCCCACCAAGAAGCGGGAGCUGGCCAAGGCCACCGGGCUGAAUCCCACGCAAGUGGGCAACUGGUUCAAGAACCGCCGCCAGCGGGAUCGGGCUGCUGCGGCCAAGAAUCGCAUCCAGCACAGCCAGAACAACUCGGGGAUGGGCUGCCGCAGCCGGCGGGCGGACGGAGCGGCCUCGCCGACGCCCUCGGACAGCUCCGACUCGGACAUCUCGCUGGGGACGCACUCGCCGGUGCCGAGCAGCCUGCAGCUGCAGCACAGCCCGGGGAGCACCUCCAACGGGGCCAACGACCGCGAGGAGAGCCUCAGCGUGGACGACGACAAGCCGCGCGACCUGAGCGGCUCCCUCCCGCUGCCCCUCUCCCUCCCCCUGCCGCUGGCCUCGCCCACGCACACUCACACGCACACGCACACCCCGCCCCAGCUGCCGGCGGGCUACGGGGGCGGAGCGGGCGGCGGACCAGGGGGCGGGCUCGCCGGCCACGGCUGCCUGCCGCCCUUCAAGCUGGACGCGGCGACCAGCCUCUUCAGCGCCGGCUGUUACCUGCAGAGCUUCAGCAACCUGAAGGAGAUGUCCCAGCAGUUCCCCAUCCAGCCGAUCGUCCUGCGUCCGCACCCCCAGCUCCCCCAGCCGCUGACCCUGAACGGAGCGGGCGGAGCCGGCGGGCCACCACUGCACCAUCCCGCCUACGCGGCUGCCUACAGUGUGGAGUGCGUCCCGGGACACGGACCUCCGCAUCCGCCGCCCAAGCUGAGGAUCAACUCGCCGGAGAAGCUCAACUCCACGGCGGUGGCUGCGGUUGGAGUGGGAGGAGGUGCUGGUGGAGGAGGAGGAGGAGGGGCGGGUCACCCGGAGCCCACCACCACGGGAUACCACCACAGUGGGCAGCUGCUGCUGCAUCGACCUUUCUCCACGUCGCCGGAACUCAAGCACAGUGCUCCCGAGAUCACAUGAUAUCAGCGGGUCUGAGGUGUCCACCUAUAAAGCCCAGCCCAGCCCACCACCAGAUCACCAAGAUCCCCGAGAUCACCAAGAUCCCCGAGAUCACCCGAUCACCUAAUCCCCUGAAGCCCCGAAGCACUAAGGCCCAGCUAUUCAGAUUGUUUCAAUUGUAUCUCUAAGUUAGCCCGUAGUUAAGCGCAUCCCAGCGGCAGAGUUCGAGCAAUAUUCGAUCCGGAACUGUUUCCUAUAUCAUGACCCGUAUUACCUAUACCGUUAUCCAGCAGCAGCAGCAGCAGCAGCAGCAAAUCGCAAGCGUCGCACACUCACUCUUCAAAGAUAGCCAUUUAAGCCGGAUGGAAAUUGAGACAGAGAUCUGAGGAAAAGUUCAGGAGGCGGAGAUCCGCCAAGCUGGACUCGAGUUCGAAACGUUUUCAUUCUAAUUUUGUGUGUGUGUACGUAUUUGUAAAUAGAGUUUAAGUAUGCAAAUCAUAGAGCUUACGUAUACAUUUAGAUUGCAAUAAAAACCGAAUGAACAGUUAAGAAUUUGAAUCAUUACACGAAA